UUGGCUGAACAGGCUUCUGACCAGUGCCUAAACAAAGCCACAAGGGACAAAGUAAAUUAAUUAUCUCUAUGGUUUUCAAGAUCUCUUGUUAUCGAAACUUCUUUCUUUAUACUCGUUUCCUCUGAUCUUGUGGAGAUGAAAAUUGACAUCCAUAGUCAUAUUCUACCAAAAGAAUGGCCAGAUCUAAAAAAGAAAUUUGGCUACGGAGGCUGGGUGCAGCUCCAACACCACAGCAAGGGAGAAGCAAAGAUGAUGAAAGAUGGGAAGGUGUUCAGGGUGGUCCAAGAGAACUGCUGGGAUCCAGAAGUCCGUGUCAGAGAAAUGGACCAAACAGGAGUGACUCUGCAAGCCCUUUCUACGGUUCCUGUCAUGUUUAGCUACUGGGCCAAACCUCAGGACACUUUAGACUUCUGCCAGUUUUUAAAUGACGACUUAGCUGCUACUGUAGCGAGACACCCCAGGAGGUUCGUGGGUCUGGGGACGCUGCCCAUGCAGGCCCCCGAGCUGGCCGUCAAGGAGAUGGAGCGCUGUGUGAAGGAGCUGGGCUUCCCCGGGGUCCAGAUCGGCUCCCACAUCAACGAGUGGGACCUGAAUGUGCCGGAACUCUUCCCUGUGUACGCAGCAGCUGAAAAGCUGAACUGUUCCCUAUUCGUGCACCCCUGGGACAUGCAGAUGGAUGGACGGAUGGCCAAAUACUGGCUCCCCUGGCUCGUAGGAAUGCCAGCGGAGACCACCACAGCCAUUUGCUCCAUGAUCAUGGGUGGAGUGUUUGAGAAGUUUCCUAAACUGAAAGUAUGCUUUGCACAUGGAGGUGGAGCCUUCCCCUUUACAGUAGGAAGAAUCUCCCAUGGAUUCAGCAUGCGCCCAGAUUUGUGUGCCCAGGACAAUCCAAUCAACCCAAAGAAAUACCUUGGUUCCUUUUACACAGACUCCUUGGUUCACGAUCCUCUGGCCCUCAAGCUGUUAACAGACGUCAUAGGAAAGGAUAAAGUCAUCUUGGGGACUGAUUACCCCUUUCCACUAGGUGAGCUGGAACCUGGAAAACUGAUAGAAUCCAUGGAAGAAUUUGAUGCAGAAACAAAGGAUAAACUCAAAGCUGGCAAUGCACUAGCAUUUUUGGGUCUUGAGAGAAAACUAUUUGAAUGACUGAAUUCACUACAAUUUUCAAGAGAUGCUUUUUUUUGUUUUUAAAUAUGUAUCACACAUACAUACUAAAAUCCUAUUUUGAACUAUUUUACCCAGAAAUAGAAUAUCCCUCAGUAUCUUAAAUUAUUCAUAACAAAAAUGACUCAUGUUUUUCACUCUGAAAAGCAGUAAAUAAUUUCACAUGCAAACCAAAAAUUAUUUUCCGAGCACUUUAAACAUUAAUGACAGAAGCAAAAUGCAAAAUGUCAUUAAUGCUUUUUAUGGAGAAAGACCAAAACCAGAUUCAUCCUAAAUGGUUCAAGUUGGUUCUUACUUUGAGCAAGUAUAAGUACCUAGAGCCCAAAUAACCCAUUUUUAUUCACUUUAAACACUUUUCAUUGGCCCAGAACUGGGCUGGGAAUACUUUAGAUUUCACAAAUAAGUGUACAUAUUUCAUAACCUGUAGGAGCUUAUAGUCUAAAUAAGGAGGCAAGUCAUAAGUUCAUGCAAUAAUUACUAAGCAAUGCAACAUAAGUAUCACAAAAGUUUUAGUAAAAUUCAUCUGGACUCAAACUUUUGGGAAAAUCUUCAAAGAAGUUGGAACUUGGGCUGAGUCUAGAAAGAUGGAUAAGGCUUAAGUUGGAGAUGGUAAACAGAUGGGAAGGCAAAACUAUGGGAAAACAGGAGUUCAUCUACUCUGGAGAAAAGUUACAGUCUAUAAUUUACUUUUACCAGAAGCUAUUUUAAUUUAAACUACUGAGCAGAAUAUGUAAAGAUAGCAGUGGAAAUUGAGAGCAGGGAAACACCUGGGUAGCCUCAGUUCAUUGAUGGUCUGCCUGGGCUGCUGAAAAUAAACUCAGUUCUGAAAGGGA